AUUCAUUUGCACUCGCACAGUCGAACAUACAGCUGAUGAUAACAGUAUGGAUAAGGUCACAAUCUUAAGGAUAGUGAUUUUCUCGAUUUUAAUUGCAUACAUCAGUCAAACCGACGGGAAGAGGUGUCCAAAGAGGACUAUGUAUUAUGCCGCCCAACAUUACUGCAGCAAAUGGGUCAUCUGGAAUUGGUGGUGUGACACAAAGGGGUAUCGACGAAUUCAGGUGUAUGAGAUGUCGAGUUUUUGCUGUCCAGGAUACUAUGGAAAAGACUGUAAAACAGUUGAUGGAGGUUGGACCGACUUUGGCACAUUUACAAAUUGGACUUCCUGUAAUGUCACAUGUGGCGGAGGCACCACCACAAGAAAACAGGUCCGCACGUGUACAAAUCCUGCUCCUGUCCACGGUGGAAAAAACUGCUCUGGACCAAGAGUUAAAAUUGAAAAGAAGGAUUGCAAUUUAAAUCCAUGCCCGGAUAAAAUAACAACGACAACUGCUGAACCAAAAUGCAAGCACGGAGAAUAUCGAGCGGAUCUAGACCAUUGUAAAAACUAUUUUUUCUGUAACUCUGGAACAGAAAUUAAAGCGUCAUGUCAAACUGGAACAUUCUGGGAUGAAGUUAAAUUGAACUGCCUUCAUAUUGAUAAAGUCGAUUGUAAGAAAAGACCCACUUCUUGAAGAAGAAAUAUAAACAAGAAAAAAUGACAUGCAUAAUGCAUUAUUCGUUUCUUUCUCGAAGAAUGUGAUAUGGUAUGUUUUCAAUAAAUGAAAUCGUAGUCA